AUGUCUCAUAUUGUCUCAUUGCGUAAUGCAUCAUUACGAGCACUACGGUCAAAUUCAACGACUCGAAUAGCUAUUGCAACUGCAACAAAAUGUACAAUCUAUCCACAUCGUUCGAAUUUACAUCAACAACAAUGUUCAUUUUCGACUGUUCCUCAAUCACCACCUCAAAUUUUAUCAACCAAAAAUAAUAGAUUUACAAAACGAACACUUUCUGAUCAAACAUUCUUCAUUGAUUCACCUCAUGUUGGUGUUUACGCAUUGACCCGAUGUCUUCAUACAAGUCCAAUCCUUUUCGAUUCAGUAAAGGUCGCAACACCAUCAUUUCCUGAAUCGGUUAAAGAUGGUACAAUUCGUUUUUUAAAAAAAGUCGGUGACAAAAUAGCUCUUGAUGAAACAAUAGCUGAAAUUGAAACGGAUAAAACAAAUUUAAGUGUUAAUUCAUCAGUAGCAGGUACAAUCGAAGCUUUACUUGUUAAUGAUGGAGAUAAUGUGGUAUCCGGUGCUCAGGUAGCUGUAAUUAAUACAAGUGGUGAUGGUGCUCAACCAGCAGUGGCCGCAUCAGGUAUGUUACCGAGAAAAAAAAACGGAAGUUCACUGACUGAUAAUUUGCUGUUCAGUUGGAAUUAUGUGUAUCAUGUAGCCUCUGAUGAGGUAUGAAUACCUCAUUAAAAGAGUUCAAGUUUUUAACUUAUGACAAGAGGUCAAUUCCAUUGAAUCAUAUAUCAACGGAAAGAGUAUGUUGAGACAAAAUACUUUGAUAAUAGUUCCAUAAGGUUUUCAUUAAAUUAUGAUAUCUAAAACUAUUAGCAAAGUAAUACAUUUUCGUUUAUUAGAAUAAUAAACAAAUUUCCAAUAAAACUAUUCCUCAAGUACUGUUUUAUGUCUUUUUAAUUAAUAUUGAAAAGAUUUCGAUCAGAAAAAGUCCAGCUGUAGUAAAAACUAAUAUGAUAUUCGGAAUCAGUAUAAAUAAAUACGGAAACUUCGGAUUUAAAUCCGAGAGUUAUGUGUACUUCAAAAAGUGAAUCAUAAAAAUCAAUCAUCCUAGACUGUCUGAAUAUCAAAAUUAUACUGUGAAAUCUACCAUUUAAAAUGUU